GGCCCGCGGCGGCGGCGGCGCUGACAGCCCGCCCGGAGCCCCGGGGGCGGCCGCGGCCACCAUGUCGUCCCCCAGCCCGGGCAAGAGGCGGAUGGACACCGACGUGGUCAAGCUGAUCGAGAGCAAACACGAAGUCACAAUCUUAGGAGGACUCAACGAAUUUGUCGUGAAGUUUUAUGGACCACAAGGAACACCGUAUGAAGGUGGAGUAUGGAAAGUUAGAGUCGACCUUCCCGACAAAUACCCCUUCAAAUCCCCAUCUAUAGGAUUCAUGAAUAAAAUCUUCCAUCCCAACAUUGACGAAGCGUCAGGAACUGUAUGUCUAGAUGUAAUCAAUCAAACCUGGACAGCUCUCUACGAUCUCACCAAUAUAUUUGAGUCGUUCCUGCCCCAGCUGCUGGCUUAUCCCAAUCCCAUAGAUCCUCUAAAUGGUGACGCUGCAGCCAUGUACCUCCACCGACCAGAAGAGUACAAACAGAAAAUUAAAGAAUACAUCCAGAAAUAUGCAACAGAAGAAGCACUAAAAGAACAGGAAGAAGGCACCGGGGACAGCUCAUCCGAGAGCUCCAUGUCCGAUUUCUCCGAAGAUGAGGCUCAGGACAUGGAGUUGUAGUAGAGGAGGCCACCUGCUUUUCAGAGAGACUCUAAUUUCCUAACCAUGAGAAGCAGACUAUAAUAUUCAUAUUUAAACAAAGCAAUUUUUUUUAUUACUAAACAAGGUUUUUAUGAAUUAUAGCAUCGAGAUAUAUAUAUAUAUAUAUUUAUUUAUAUAUAGAUAUUUAUAUAUAAAUACGUAUAUAUAUAUAUAUAUAUCAAUAUAUAUAUAUAUAUAUCACCCUUUAGGUCUUGAUUUUCUCGGUCAUUUCCCGAUUCCCAAGGUGCAUUUAGAGCAUUCCCAACAUUCCAUUCUGGUAGCAAUAUGCAGCCCGGAUGCAUGCGUUGAGAUUUUCCAUUUGGCCGAGUCAACUUUGGUGUGCUACCCAACAGCUGCCCUGGGAGGGAGGGAAUUAGCAAAAAAAAAACCAAAAAAAAAAACCCCAAAAAUCCAAACAACAGACAGAAAAAAAAAUUAAGAAAAAAAAAAAAAAAGAGGGAUUUGCUGUCGGAUCGAGGUUUCCACCUGAGAUUUUUGGCGUUUCCUCCAAGCCUAAAACCUCGAGGGGAUGGCGUAAGGAUGGAAGGGGCUCCUCCAGGCUGUGUUUAAAGAACAAAAAAAGAGGGAUUUCACCCCAAAAAAACCCACCCAAAUCCAAAGUUGUGGAGCUGCUGGGAGCGCUGAAGACGACUGGCUGGGACUGGCUGCGGGGACGGAGCCACCGGUGGAUUCCCGGGAUUUUGGAGAAGGUUUGGAUGCUGUGGAUGCCCUCUCUGGGAUUUUGGAGAAGGUUUGGAUGCUGUGGAUGCCCUCUCUGGGAUUUUGGAGAAGGUUUGGAUGCUGUGGAUGCCCUCUCUGGGAUUUUGGAGAAGGUUUGGAUGCUGCUCCUGGAGCUGGGACUGCCCGGAGCACAUGGAGCUCCAGCCCUGCCCCGGAAUGGCUUCCAGCUGGAUUUAUUCUUUUGGAUUUUUUCCUUCUUUUCUUUAAUCCCUCUCUCGCUGGAGAUCUGCUUCGGACACCUGACAAACUCUGGCUGUGUCCUGGGAAUUCUCCUCUGAGCGGAUGGAUUGGCCUUGCUGAGCUUCAGAUCCACGGAAUUGUCCCGCCGGCCGAACUCCACGAAUCCAUCAGCACCAAUUUUCAUUUGCCUUUUUUGGUUUUUUGGGUUUUUUUUUUUUUUCCUUUUUUAAAUCUUUCUUUCCUCCCCUUUCUGCACCAGCUUGGUUCCCAUCUGCUUGUGUGUGUACAACGGGAUAAAAAUUCCUUAAGAUUUAACAAAGAAUAUGA